CCCCCGGAAGCGGCGGCGCCGUUGUCGCAGUGCGCGGCCGGCGCGGUUGGAGCGGCGGGAGCAGCGGAGCCGCCGGCCCCAGCGGCCGGGCCGGGCCGGGCCAUGAAGGGGAAGGAGGAACGGGAGGGCGGCGCGGCGGGGCCCGGGGCGACGGGGCCGGCCGCGGGGGGCGGCAGCCCCGAGAAGAGCCACAGCGCGCAGGAGCACAAGGAGCAGGGCAACCGGCUCUUCGGCGGCCGCAAGUACCCCGAGGCGGCCGCCUGCUACGGGCGCGCCAUCAACCGCAACCCCUUGGUGGCCGUGUACUACACCAACCGAGCCCUCUGCUACCUGAAGAUGCAGCAGCACGACAAGGCGUUGGCCGACUGCAAGCGAGCCCUGGAGCUGGAUGGUCAGUCCGUAAAGGCUCACUUCUUCCUGGGCCAGUGCCAGAUGGAGAUGGAGAACUACGACGAGGCCAUUGCUAACCUGCAGAGAGCCUAUAACCUCGCCAAGGAACAGCGGCUGAAUUUUGGGGACGACAUCCCCAGCGCAUUGCGCAUCGCCAAGAAGAAACGUUGGAACAGCAUCGAGGAGAAGCGGAUCAACCAGGAGAACGAGCUGCACUCCUACCUGACCAAGCUGAUCAUGGCCGAGAAGGAGAGAGAGCUGGACGAGUGCCGAAAGACUCAGCAGGAAGAAAACGUGGAUGAGAGCCGGAGCAGAGUUCAGCUGGCCAGCAUAGAGGCCAAACACGACAAAUACCUGGCGGACAUGGACGAGCUCUUCUCUCAAGUGGAUGAGAAGAGGAAGAAGCGGGACAUCCCUGACUAUUUGUGCGGGAAGAUCAGUUUUGAGCUGAUGAGAGAGCCCUGCAUCACCCCAAGUGGGAUCACCUACGACAGGAAGGACAUUGAGGAACAUCUCCAGCGCGUGGGUCACUUUGAUCCGGUGACGCGGAGUCCCUUGACCCAGGACCAGCUGAUCCCCAACCUCGCCAUGAAGGAAGUGAUUGAUGCCUUCAUCUCAGAGAACGGCUGGGUGGAGGAUUACUGAGGGGUCCCCCUGACUCUCGCUGGGCUGGCACCAUGCCUUACUUGCUCUCCGGCUGCUCCCCCUCCGCUCCGGGUGCCGCGAGACCCAGCCCAUCUCCCCUUCCUGAGGAACUGCAGCUCGGUGGGUAGAGGCUUCCCUUCUCACCACAGCACUUGCAGGAAGACCUGCCUGGCAGUUUGGAGGCGGCCGGCUCCUCACGGUGGCCUGCAAGGUCUCACCACCAUCUCCAUUGCCUGAAGAGCAGGAUCCUCCUCAGCUACGGCAGCUGACAGUUCCCAAAGAUUGCCUCCUGCUCCGAGGAGGUGCAGCAAGAAGCGUGCUGGGGCGAGCGCGUGGUGCUGGUCCCCUCCCUGUGUACAUAGUUGUUUCUUCCUUCUUCUCCACCUUCCACAUCCUGCCCGGACAGGAUUGCAUCCUCCUCUCUUCUGUAAAAAGCCGCUUGCCAGGGUGGGAGGCCAACGUUCCUACUGCGGAUGCUGACUCACUCUCCGGCUUUUCCUGGGAACCUGCUGCCCCUGGGCUGGAAGGGGAUAGCUUGCGCAUCCUCUCUGGACUGUGGUUCCCUACUGUACCAACUGCCCGGAUGAAAGUUCUUCUUCCUUUUAAAGAAAUCUCUUGAAAAACAAACCAAACCAGUGAAUCUGCAUCCAACUGAGACUCCAGCGUUUCAGUCGGCCGAUGGCCUGCCUGGCUUUUGAGUGCCCUCUGAGAGCUUGUCAGUGUCACUUCAAAAAAAAUAGAGAUGAAAAAUAAAAUAAAAAAAAAAAAUCAGCAAUAAACGUGGAAAAAAGAGCAGGAGUU